AUCCGCGGGAAAACCUGCACGAAGCGCUAUAGAUGAAUUGGAACCACGCCCCAGAGCAAGCCGGGGCAAUUUACAUGGUGAUAGCUACCAUGAAGAGUCUGGGAUGAGAAUGGUUAAUGCGCCGAAUGUGGCUGGAAGUAGCCUGCCACGAAAGUUACCCACUUGCACAAAACCGAUCCUUUUCAGUGAAAAGCAGCCAAGCCACGAUAUACAGCCGGACUCUGGAGCAGCACAGAAACCAGAGUCUGUUUUUCGUGAGGAGAGAGCGGACGGAAUGAAGAUUUCUGUCCAUAUUCCCACACGACCCAGCAGAGAAGGGACUCAUCAGUUGGUGCUGGAGCCCUCACCGAUUAUUCAGAGCAACAUAAUGCCUACAGCAUUGACAGGACAUAGACGUCGGAUUUCAGGCGAUCGGAAUGCAGUACCUGAGGGUGCGACACAUUCAAACUUGUCUGCAGCCACGUCUGUGGAUUCUCUGUAUUCUACUUUAUCUACGCGAACCACCUCACGCAUCCCUACGUCGCCAGAACUGCUAUGGAAGAGCCCCCGAAUCCUGACCAAGGGUUCUAACGUUCAGCACGAAGUUGUCAGUCCAGGCAAAACCCGCACCCUUGGUCUGUUCUCCAGACGAUCUAAAUCGGAGAUAGAAAAGGAUAACGAAGGUAGAUCUGUUCGCAAAGGACCAGCUGCUGGAACAGGCCACGAAGGCUACGGCAGGUACUCGCAGCGUGGCCGCAAGAUGAGCACGACUAGCAGUACGACCAGUCGAGCACGAUCGUCAAGCUCUGUAAGAAGUGGACCAAAGCCUGUUUCCAAUAGCAAAGGCAUUGCUGGAAAAGGCCGUCCCGAGUUCGAGCUUGAUGACUUUCUACUGGAGCGCCUUCAGCCUGUGAUCAUCCAAGGCGGUGGUAUGGAUGGCAAUGCCGCUUUGAAAAGGCAGAGCGAGCAGAGCACAAGUGGUUUCAGUACAGGCACAAACUCAAUUCUGACACAACAGUUCAAGGUUUCUCCAUCUGCAAGCGGCUCCACGGAGACAUUGCCAUCAUCUAGGGCGACUUCGGUGACACUGAGCGAAUCAGUCUGGAGAGGCUCGGAAGGGCAAAAGACUUCGAGCAUAUUAGCAUUUUCCGAGCCUGCGGAUAUGUCCGUCACCCAACCCGAGCAGACGAGAGUUGUCAAACCGCAGGUGCUUGCUCAGGUCAGUCGGCAAUAUCAGAAACCUCAAGUGCCCGACGAUGAUAGACAGCCCAGAGCUCUUGAGGCACAGAGCCCACAGAAGAAGCCAUCCAAGAGAGGCCUUGGGCUCAAAUGGAAUAUAUUCCACAGAAAACCGGACACAGCUCGAUCACCUGUCGACAUUGACGCCCCUUCUGGCCCAAAGCUUCAUGCUACGGUAUCUCCCGUAGCUGCCCGUAGGCCUAUUCCGUACUAUGCGCUGCUGGAGGACGACUCGGACCCACUUGAAGAGAUAGUCCACCGUGUUGAGAACUCACCUCCGACCGAGGACGAAGAGACAGAGAUUGCCUUUCCAGUUGAAGCGCCAGCUGCAAUGAAUACACGAGACGCUACCGAUUCCAUCUUACUACCUUCACCACCGAAGCUACACGACAAUUUGUUUCGAGAUCAUGCCCAGUCUCCAAAGGUCUAUUUUGACAAGAGCUUGGCUCCUCGGAGCCCCGAAGGUAGAUUGGACGAUCAAGUGGAAGUUAAACGUACCAGUCGCCUAACAUCGAUCGGUCGCAUCCCCCAGGUUGUUUCGAGAAGGGAGCGACCGCACAAGCCGGCUCUGCAGUCAUUCUCGAGACCAUUUAGCGUGGCGGACUCUCCUUCAUUACUCGCUCCAGUUGGCCCUAUGCCUAACGAAUUUUCCCCGUCCAUCUCACAACCACCCACAGUGCAACAGCUCGAAUCCCCGCAAAAGCAGUCUGUUUACAAUUUUGACCUAGCGAACCCAUUUGCCGACCUUUUUCAAUUCAGUGUCCUAGACUUCAUUGCUGGUCCUUAUGCAAAGGAUGAGUUUAUGACGUUUUCACCCAGGAAGGAAUCGGUAGUAUCUACAUCAAGUGGUUCCGAGAGCCUCGCUGCAAUUACAGCCGUGGUUCCAAGCCCCGGCGCAAAUUUGACGGAAGAUGAAGUAUGGGGGGAGUACGAUGACCUCAUUGAUCAUGUUCUGUCGCCCCAGACAACAAGUACGUUGUUUUCAAUUGGCUCAGAGUCGGAUCGGAACCUCGAGAUGGCGACAAUGGCUAGUAAAACGCUCCAAGCGGAGCUGACUAGUGAACAGACGAAGCCCCUGGCUGGUCCGGUUAAUGGGCCAAAAGUCGAGCUUACGCCUUCCUCUCCAGUGUCGACGAAUGGCUCUAUCCGACUCCGCAGGUCCAACGUUGCUGCCGAAUCUCGCACGUCGCUUGCCCCGUCCUCUCAGCCUUCCUUCAGUAGCAUAAUCGCUUGCUACUGUGACAAUCGCGAUGAAAAUAAGGAAUUGACCGAGCAAGAACCCGACAGCGUGAUGCCAUUGCCCCAUGCGGAGCACCCGUCAGGCCUGCUUGGCUCCACAGCAUUAGUUGCAUCUCUCAGUUUCGAAGAAUGCCGUCAGCGCAACACUGCCUUAUUCGACAUAGCGGAACGUGAUCGUGAAGGGCCAACUGCCCUCACGAACAUCAGGUCCGGCUCGCUCAUGACCAGUCGCUGGUUAUCAUUCGGGAGGGUUCUCUUUAGUCCCGGACAUGGCCGUGCCCAAAGCGGAGAUCAGGAAAGAAUUUUGGUUGUGGAUGGACUGGGAAACGACGACUGGUCCUUCUACUGUGCCCUGACGUACCCCACAGCCAGUGUCUAUAGUCUCAAUGAGGGAGUCAAUACCGCUACGUUCAAGCACCCGGCAGCAUGGCAGCCACCAUCAAAUCACCACACGUUCUACCAGUCAACCCUCCACGACAGAUUGCCUUUUCCCAAGGGAUAUUUUACUGUUGCUGUUCUGCGCUUCCCUGCAGCUUGUGCGGAGAACACGCAAGCCAGACUUGUGUCUGAAUGCAAGCGUGUUCUGCGCGCGGGAGGCUAUCUGGAGAUGAGCAUUCUUGACCGUGAUAUGGUGAACAUGGGCAACCGUACACGGAGAGCUUUGAGGACAUUGAAGGAAAGGACAUAUGUGUCCGACCCGAAUAUCAGCCUGAAGCCCACGAGCGAUAGCAUACAGAAGCUGCUUGGAAAGUAUGGGUUCGAUAAUCUCCGACGAUGUAUGGUUCGAAUUCCCGUUGCAGGAAUGAUCGUGAGAUCGUCAGCUUCAUCCACCUCCACGUCAUCCUCGGACCCAUUUGUGCUUGCUGCAACAACUGGCCCUUCAGGCAAUAUUCCGCCCUUCACGGAGACUUCUGCGACUGUCUACCAAAAGCUUCAUGGGAAGUCAUCUUCCAAUGACACCGAUUUGUCUCUGGGUGACCUUUUAUCUGAUCCAUCCCCAUCACCCACAAACGAUGAAUCGAUCCGCAAGAUAGUCGCCAAGGUAGGCAGGUGGUGGUACACGCGAUGCUACGAGAUCCCCAUCCUCCCGAAUGGCGAUAUAGCUCUCAGCAUCUGGUCGGACCGGAAGGUGAUCCGUGAAUGUCAACAGCGCGGCACGGGCUUUCGCUUGUGGAUUGCAUACGCCCAGAAACCUAGUGAGAAACGCCGAACAGCGAGUGUUUAGUGCAUGUCAGAAUCCUCGAAUGAUCAGAUGAAAAACUAACGACGAUUGACGAUACAUACGAACAUUGACGAAGGAAAUGAGACCGGGUUAUUGUGCGUGCCUUAUGAUCAUACCUUUAGGUGUUGCAACCCGAACGACCAAGGCCAAAAAGACAAAAGAAAGAAAGAAAGAGAAAAAAAAGAGAGACCAGACGGAUGCUUUUGAAGACGAUUUAUUCACCUUAUGCAUAUAUUGUACCUUUCGACCUUAUCCAUUUUUAUUUUGCCUAAUACUGUGUUCAAUUUUGGUUGUCUCUGGGCGGCUGUCUGAACCUUUUGUUGCAUUUGCGAUUCGAUUCUUCAUAUGUCUUCCAUGAAGCUGGCUUGAUGGGCGGAAUUCUGCUUCAUUUUUUUUUCUUUUUGAUAGUAUAGCAAGACGAAGGCGAGACUCCUGAAUGAGCGAAGGAUUAAUUGGGUCACAC